AUGGCUCUGGUGCCUCCCGAUCCUGCUGCGAACGAGGGCCCGGUAGAUCUCAGCGUCUGUACUGCUGCACACUGUUUCCAUGCAUUCGACGCCCUGUUCUGCGCUCUGACCCCUUCAGCUGCUCCGAUAGCGCCAGAGUUUCCGGAUGACAAGUAUCCACUCUUUGUAACUUGGAACAUUCAUCGCCCAGGUCGCCGUGCAAGACUCAGAGGCUGCAUCGGCAACUUUGAAGCACUCUCUCUCCACGACGGGCUCGCUGAAUAUGCGCUUAUCAGUGCUUUCAAGGAUUACAGAUUCAGACGGAUCGAAAAAUCUGAACUGGACAGCUUGGAAUGCAUGAUAUCACUCCUUACUGAUUUUGAGGAUGCAGACUCGUACCUCGAUUGGACCAUCGGUGUUCAUGGGAUUUAUAUCACCUUUCCCCAUCCUUCUUUAUUGCCCACAGCGUCUGGAACGCCGUCCCCCAUGUCGUCUUACCCUUACCUGCCUCGACUUACCUCGAAACAUUCCUUCUCUGCCACCUACCUGCCCGACGUCAUUCCUGAGCAAGGUUGGGAUAGGAUUGAAGCCGUGGAUAGUGCCAUCCACAAGGCUGGAUGGAAUGGGUCUAUUACUGAGGACUUGAGAAGAAGUGUCAAGCUCAGGAGGUACCAGAGCAGAUUGCAUACAGUCGGGUGGGACGAGUACAUCACAUGGAGGACUGAACACGAGGCGUCCAAGGCGUGA